GAACACUGUAGAUAACCGUGAUAUCUGUGCUAGUGGAUUACAAAUUAAAUUAUUACUUUUAAUAAUACUAAUAUUAUAUAAAUUCAGAAUUUAUUUUAUUUAUAAACGUGAUUGAAAUGUCUGACGAAAAUGAAAUAUUAAAAGAAAAUUUGGAAUUUCAGUUGGAACGUUUAGUCCAACAACUUAGUGAUUUGGAAGAAUCCAAGUAGGUAUAGUUAAAAAUGUAAAAUAUUUACAUCAAAAUAGAUUUAAAAAAAAAUACACGAAGGAUUUUUAAAAAUUAUAUUAGAUUUGUUAUUAUAGUAUCAUAUUAUUCUCUUAUAUAUUUUUUAGUAUAUAUUGUAUUUAUUUUUUAUUUAUUCAGACUUCAAAUCAUUAUUAUAAAAUAACUGUAAUUAAUUACAUGUUGCCAUGAUAUUAAUUUAAGUUAUAGGGGUUUUUUUCUAAAUGAAAUAUAAUUAUAAUAUUUAUUUACACUUUAAUAUUAGAUAGAUGAUAGUUGAAAAAUAAAAUAAACCUAUUCAAAGAGUGUCACUGCUGGAUGAUUAUUUAACCCAACGCCUUGCAUUUUCUAUUGAAAAUGUUUUUUUUUUUAUAGAUUAUAUAUAAUAAUAAAUAUUAGAAGAAAAAAAAAAAGUUGUAUAAUUGUUUACUUAGAGAAAAUAAAAAAUAUAAUUUAUAAAAUAUUCUUAUGCUUUAGAGAUGUUUUUACUGAUGAAGAAUAUAAUGAAUCGAAAGAAGACACUGUUGAGCAGUUAAAAGAAUUUAGUGAAAGAUUAAAUAAAAUUAUUGCUGGUAAUAUGACUUUACAUGAUCGGCUGAGCAUUAUGCGUUUGGUUUGUAUUAAGUUGAAUUUAUUUUUUUAAAUAAUAAUUAUAAAAAAAAAAACAUAUUCUACAAGUAAUGAUAUUUUAAUUCAUAUUUAGGCAACUAGUGCCGCUAUAACAAAAGCAUUUCAAACACCAUCUAUUAUUAAAAUGUUUGCCAAGAAUGAACCAAAUGCCCUCAAAGAAAAACGUAAUCAAAUUGAAAGAGAUAUAAAGUUGGGUAAAUUAAGCUUAAAAGUUGGCAAUAGACAAAAGGUAAGAAUUUUUUUUAUAAAAAAAUUAAAAUGAUAAAAUAUAUUAUAUUUUAUUUGUUUAUCUUUGUAAAGCUUGAAGUAUUGACAGCACUGAGACAUCUUGGUUGUGAGUUGACAGAUGUUGAUAAAAUAUUUGUUCAAGAAGAAAGUUGUAAAAUUCAAAACAGUACAUCAUCAAAUGGUUUUAAUAUUCCUGACACAUUAGAUGGAUUUGGUGAGAAUAUUAUUGUAUUAUUACUUUUUUAAAAAUUCUAAAUGUAUAUGUAUUUAGUUUUUCCCACGAUAAUAUAUCCUUUGAGUUUUACCGGAGAUAAUAAAGAUAAUCAAAUAUUGUUUUUUGUUUUUUAUAUUACUCACGAGGAUAAGGACUACAAAUAUUUAUAUUUAAUAAUAACUUAAUUUUAAUAUUUUUAGAAAAUUUUAAGAUAGCCAAUCUGUAGUUUAUUUUUCUGAAAAAUGUGUCACACAUAUAUAUCCUAUGAAUAGUUUCUAAGUUACAGUAGUUUUAGAUUCUACUUAUCCGUGUGAAAUCCAAAAUCAUCUAAGGAAUAACCUAACCUUAUUAUGCUAUAACAUAAAAAAAAAACAGAAUUUUAUUAUCUCUGGAGAUAUUCAAGGAAAUAUGUAUUUUAUAUUAUUUAUAUACUUAACUUUCUUAUCAUAAAUAUGUUUACAGAAUAACAUGAAUUUCAUUAUAUGAUUGCUACAUCAAUAAAAAUAACUAUUUACUAAUGUGUUAAUUUUUUUUUCAGAUUUUAAUAUGUUUUUGAAAGUCAAUGAGAAUACAACAUAAACUUAGAAUAUUUAACAGUGUUAUAUAUUUAAAUAUAGUAUAUGUUAUAUUGAUUUCAGUAUUUUAAAAUUAAUAAAUAAUUGCGGGUUCUCGUGUAGAUGUUAUUUAUACAAAUUUCUCCAAGGCUUUUGAUAAAGUUAAUUUUUAAAUAUUUUAAAAAAUUCGUAAAUUAAAAUAUCUAGGUGUAUGCAGCCUACUUUUAUCGUGGUUUGAUUCCUAUAUUUCUCAACGUGUUCAAAUUUUUGUUUAUAAGAAUUUUGAUCCAAACCAAUAAAUACAACAAUUUUAUAAUUAAAAAAAAAAAACAAUAGUUUUAUGAAAACUGUAAUACGGCCCUCACACGAUCAAUAUUACUGACAGUAUAGUCCUAAAAUGGUCAGUAAAAAUUAGUGUCAAUUUACAGUAUUGAUCUGUGUUUUGAUUUCGACUGUAUGGGUGUUCGUUUAAAUAAAUAAAUAAAUAAAUAAAUAUUUUUGUUUUAUUUAAUAAAAUAAUUUGUUUGAUAUGGAUGAAAAAAAAAGUAUAUUUAGCAAUUAUAUAAGCUUUUUUGGUCUCAAAUAAACUAGUUUCAAGAAAAUUAAAAUUAUGGGCGAAAUAAUUUCCAUCGAAGACAGUACACUUAUUUAAAUUUUAUAAACAAAGAGCAACUGUUAGUAUUCAGCAAUAAAAUCAUACAGGAUUUAUGUAAGUGUACUGGAAUCACUCAUACCCGUAUUUUGGCUUUCGUCGCCCAUAGCUGCGAAAAAUUUACCAAAGAACUGUCAUGAUCUACCACACACGGUCAGUAUCUUCAUCAGUAAAUAAAUACUGACAACUCGAUAUUCAAAUUUUUCAUCAAUUAUCAGUAUCGUUUUAUUUAUACUGACAGUAUAUCAGUACUCACAUUACACGAUCAGUAAUAUUGUAAAUAAUAUUGAUCGUGUGGGGGCCGUAUAAAAAUUACAAUUACCUGUAUCCCAUACCUUUUUUUUAAAAUUAUCAUUACUAUAUUCAGGAUAUUUAUGAUGUUUAUUUAUUAAGUUUUAUCAAAAAAGUUAAUAAUAAUAAUUGUAAAUAUUAUUUAUACUUAAUAGAUUAUUAUAUUUUAUAUAGGUACAGGGAUAUAUUUAAUUAUUUAUUAUGUUUUAAUUGGUAUAAAUUUGAAAAAAAUGUUAAGUAUAAACAUGUCUUUUAAUGCGAGUGUUAAUUUUUGUCAUUUAAAAUAUUUUUUUCAGUUUUAAUUUAAUAAUACUUUGAUGUGCCGAUUAAUAAAUGAUCUCGGGACGGAUUUAUCCUGUGGGCCGUAAUUGGUCACUACUGAGCUAUAAAACAAGUUAGAAAUUAUAUACAUCUUUAUAGAUGUCAGAUAUCAGAAAUCUUUUUUUAAAUACUUGUAUAAUAUAAAAUUAUGACUAUAGUAAAGAAGUAUAGUUAAUUAAUUUAAUAAAAACAUUGGCAUUUUAAAUUCUGAUCAUAAUAUUAUGUAAUAUUCGUGUGUAUGUUUAGAGUUUAAUUUUAAUUUAAUUUUAAUUUACAUAAUUUACUAACUUUAAUUAACUAUCAAUUUAAAAUAUUGAUAUAUUUAUAAAGUGUCCAUUAAC